AUGGAUGUUUUUGUUGAUGGUGAAUUGGAGUCUCUCUUAGGUAUGUUCAACUUUGAUCAAUGUUCAUCAUCUAAGGAGGAGAGACCACGAGAUGAGAUGCUUGGCCUCGCUAGCCUUUACAAUGAUCAUCUUCAUCAUCAUCAGAACAAUCUCCCGCCUUCUGAUCAUCAUGCUCUCCUAAAUCAUGAUAUGUUCCCAUUUAGCGCAAUGAUGGGAGGGAACCUUACGACCAUGCUCGAUUCUUGGGAUCAAAACCAACUCCAAGAAACGGCACCGCUCAAGAGGAAACAACUUAACGUAGAUAAUCUACACAAUUCUAACUCUAACUGUGACGUCACAAGACAAGAGCUUGUCAAAGCCAAGAAAAAGCAGAGGGUAAGCCAGGAAAGCAAUACAGUCGAAGAAAGCAACAGCUCAGAUGAUGAGAAGGCUUCGGUCACAAGUGUUAAAGGCAAAACAAGAGCCACCAAAGGGACAGCUACUGAUCCUCAAAGCCUUUAUGCUCGGAAACGUAGAGAGAAGAUUAACGAAAGGCUCAAGACAUUACAAAACCUUGUACCAAACGGGACAAAAGUCGAUAUAAGCACUAUGCUUGAAGAAGCUGUCCACUACGUAAAGUUCUUGCAGCUUCAAAUCAAGUUGUUGAGCUCGGAUGAUCUAUGGAUGUACGCACCGUUGGCUUACAAUGGACUCGACAUGGGAUUCCAUCACAACCUUUUGUCUCGGCUUAUGUGAAGGACUUGCACAAAGUUACAAUCUAAUUGUAAAGAAACCGAUUUAGAACAUAUGAAUCCCUUUAGUUUGGCCCUGCCCUAGUGGUCUACUUUCGGAACGUACUACUGUUCUCUUGUUGUUCAUUCUGAGAUUUUUUGUUAUUAUUUUAACUUCUUUCUGUCUUUUUCUUCAUUAUGGUUCUAAGAACUUUUGGUACUUUAUUCUAAUGUAAUUAUUUCAUUACAA